AUGUUGAAAGAGACCUCAAGAUAUGACAGCCGUAACACAAACAGGGAGGAUGGACGCCCGCUGAGCUCGAACAGAUUACCUGCCAUCGAGGAGCUCACGCUAGGACUCAAGCAAAAGCUACACCUGCAGGCUCGGGCGAGAGCUGCACCGUACUACAUUAGAAAGCAAGAGCCAGUGGAUCUCGUGGAGAGGUUACUGGAACAGCGGGCCCUCGUCGCCGAGGCCGUACGGAGAUUGCAAGAGAAGAAACAACCGUGUCACGAAAUAUCAGUAGAUUCU